CGUGGAUGACCAACUGCAAUGAAAUUGACUGGCAUUGCUCAUUCACAAGUUGGUAUAACCACUGUGUCUCUUUUUUCUUAUCAAACAACCUUUUUUUAUCAUAUUUUUUUUUCAGAUAAAAAAUUUAUCUUUUGGAAAAUCUGGAAGGUUAUUGAGAUUUGAUCUACUGCAGCGUUACAAUUAGAAUGUGUGCGAUCACUUAGCGUUGACAUGGAGAGCUUGGUCAACCGGAGUAGCUUAGCCGUCGGCCGUGGGCCUGCCUCCCCGGAGGAUGUUGAUGUUGAUGUUGAUGCUGAUGCUAAUUGUCACCUCGCCUACGUCGCCGUCGGUCAUGGGCCUGCCUCCCCGGAGGAUGUUGAUGUUGAUGCUGAUGCUGAUUGUCACCUCGCCUACGUCGCCGUCGAAGUCCCGGCCGUGGGGUGGGGCCUCGGGUACCGCGUCUACGACCGGGAGGAGUCAACCAAAGGCGCCAGUAACCCCAAGUACAACGCCAAGUCCCGGCCGUUCACCUCAUCGAGCCUGAACGUGCCGUCCAAGAGCAAGCCGCCCAUCAUCGCCCUCCCCCGCGCCAAGGUACAGGAGGCCUCCGCCUACGACGGCCGUUCCGUCCGCCGCCCUACCCAGUGCCGCUUCUUCCCCAAGGAUAAGAUGAAGAAGCGGCCGACGGCGCGGGAGGCGGAGCCGGGGUCUCCCAAGGUGUCCUGCGUCGGCAAGGUCCUGUCGGAGAGAGAGCGCUGCCGGCGGCGAAGGGAGGAGAGGAAGGAAAGGGGCAGUUGGGCAACUCUGUUCUGUUGCAGAGGCAGCGGCGGAAGCCAAGGAGGCGUCGUGGAGUCCGCGGUGGCGGCGGUAAAGCGGCGGGAUUUAGAUAACUCGUCGUUGAAGGGCGGCGCUGCGGAGGCGAAGACGGCAAGAGGUUCGUCGGAGGUGGUGCUUUGUGACAACGUGGUGGUGCCGAAGCUGGAUGCGAUGAAGCGCUUCUCGUCGGGGCGUCGAGCGGCGAGCGGCGUGCGGCGUCGUCGUGGGACGAGGAAGCGGAGGCGCCGGCGGUUGGUCGAUGGUUCGGAUGAGUAGCAAGUCGACGUCCAAUUAAGACUUCUCUCGAUCGGGAACGUAUUAAAUUAAUAGAAUGAAAUUAAGUUUCUAAACUUUAAGAACUUUAAAAAUAAUGGAGAAGGAUUGUGACCUAUUUUAAUCUCUGUAUUAAUUAAAUUAAUUUAAGAUUGUUAUCCUCUGUUAUACCUCUAAUUAAUGUCAUUAUUAUUUUAGUUCAA